AUGAAGACUGAAUGCAGGACUGUCCACAAAUUUGCAGAGACAAAAGAACACCGAAGAAUACCUUUUUUUUUUCCAGUUGAAUGGAGAACACGAGAAUGAAUAAGAACAUUAUUGGAUGCUUCCAGAAUCUAUCCUGUGAAUUCUGUCAACGGGCUGAUGACUGUCCUGAAAAAUAUGGGGAAAAAAGGACUUAUGAGGACUGUAAUCUCACUGUUCAUUAUUACUGUGUGCUAAUGUCAAGUGGGAUUUGGCAGAGAGGUGAAGAUGAAGAAGGCUUUUAUGGUUUUUUACCUGAAGAUAUCCAAAAAGAAAUUAAUAGAGCUGCAAAACUGAAAUGUGCUGUCUGUAAGAAAAAAGGUGCUUCAAUUGGUUGUAUAACAUCCAGAUGCAAACGAAGCUACCACUUUCCUUGUGGAAUAGAGAAAGGAUGCCUUUUCCAAUUCAGAGAAACUUUUCCGUCAUAUUGUUGGAAACACCGACCCACUCAAAAACGUCUUUCUAAUUGUAAAGGAUCAUCACAAUGUACAAUAUGUUUGGAGUUGGUUGAACAAGCACCUACAUACAACAUUUUGACAAGCCCAUGCUGUAAAAAUGCUUGGUUUCAUAGGGAAUGCUUGCAGUGUCAAGCUCUCAGUGCAGGGGUAUAUUUCUUUAGAUGUCCUGUAUGUAAUAAUAAAGAAAAAUUUCAGAACGAAAUGUUAAGAAUGGGCAUCCAUAUUCCAGAAAAAGAUGCCUCCUGGGAAUUAGAACAGAAUGCCUAUCAAGAACUACUUCAACGUUACCAACAUUGUGAUAUUAAAAGAUGCCUUUGCAAAAAUGGAAGAGACUACAAUGAGCCUGAUAGCAAAUGGGAAAUAAAACGCUGUCAAUAUUGUGGUUCUAGUGGAACUCAUUUGGCAUGUUCCUCACUAACAAGCUUGGAGCUAAACUGGGAAUGCACUGAAUGUAGGACCAUCCUUGCCAAAUCAAAUGGCAGUGCUCAGAAAUGGCGAAAGCGUUCUUUGAGUUUGCCAGAAAAAGCAGACGGAGACAAUUUGAUGGAAGAUCCAUCACCCAAAUGCCCUAGACAGUCUCCAGGAUCCCACCUUGGCAUCCAUAUCAGGUCCCCAAAGAUGGUGUGCUCCAAUGGUUUUACUCCAUGUUCACAACUAGAUCUUCCCUCUUCUAAUAACAGAUUUUUAUCCCCAUCUCCCUUCAUCAGUCCUUCAGUAAGGAAUUUGUCUUCUAAAAAAAUGCAACUUGGAAUGCAGAAAAGAGAAGUCUCCAAAAUUCUCAAGGAAUUAAGAUUACAGAUUAAUACCAAACCAACAAGAUUGAAUAUCAUCAGACAAAAUAUCUGGGGUAGUGCUCUAAAAGGAUUUCAGAAGCGGAACUUCAAUCCUGCUAAUACUAUUGAAGUAAACUAUAUAAACGUCAGGAAUAAAAUAGAGGUGGAUCUCUGUUGCUCAUCAAAGGAAGAUUUUUUUCAAUUGCUGAUGCUUCAUCUUCAGAAUUCAUCAUUGUUUGAAGGGGAGCACUCAAAGAACUUGUCCUUUGAUUCUCAAGCUCUUAAAGAUAAUUUAUACUAUGAAGCAGGAAAAAUGAUUGCAGUUUCUCUGGUUCAUGGAGGCUCCUCUCCUAGCUUCUUUUCUAAAACCUUGUUUCACUGCCUUGUCUAUGGCACGGAAAAUGUGAAGCCAACAGUAGAAGAUGUUGCUGAUAAAGACGUUUUGCAGGCAAUAAAGAAGAUAAAAUCUGCCACAACACUGAGCAGCUUAGAAUCAGCAAUAAGUGAUUGCUCUGACUAUCUUGCUUCUAUUGGAUGUUUGAAACCUGUAACAGCACUACAUGAUAAGAAUAUAUUGGUGAAUGAGAUACUGAAUCACCAUGUCAUCAGAAGAAUUCUUUUACCACUUGAAAGUUUUAGACAAGGUUUGAAAACACUUGGUGUUUUGGAAAAAAUACAGAUGAAUCCCGAUGCAUUCUGUAGCAUAUUAUGUCACAAACCUGAGAAACUUUCAGCAAAACUUCUUGGUGAUCUCUUUACAAUUCACUAUUUAUCAGGAACAGAUAAGGCCAGAUGCCUUGAUUUCUGGAUGGGUUACUUACAGGAGACAGAAGGUGGUGAGUCAUCUGUAACUCUAGAGGAUAUCUUAGUAUUUGCAACUGGCAUCCGCAGUAUUCCACCCAUUGGCUUUGAUCCUGACCCUUCAGUCAUGUUUCAGCAUAUAAAAUAUCCAAUUGGAAAAAGAGACCUUAACUGUUUACAACUUCCAAUAACAAAAUCUUAUGAGAAUUUUAAAAAAGUUCUGGAUAUUGCCAUCCGACGUGCCCUAUUACAUACAAGAGUAUGUUAAUCACUAAAAUGGAUACUGAAAAUUGAAUGAUGAAGCACACAAGAAGGUUGCUACUUGCCUACUGGAAAACAGACAUAUUCAUCCUCGCAGGUUUAAAACUUGAUCAUGGAAAUGCAUAGUUUCAGUCUUUACAUUUUGAACAGUGUUUCAAAGUGAUGAGCAAACAAAGCUUUUAAAUCAAUUUUGCAUUAUAUUUGUUCUGGGUUUUGUUUUUUGGCCAAACCAGCGAGUAACUGGUUGUUUGAUAGUGUAGUAUACUUUCCAUUUUACAUAAAUGUUGCACAUCAAAACUUCUGCAAAUGCAUUCAGGAACCCUUUCCAAAUUUUAAUAUAUCAGCUUUUAUAUAUUGUGAAUUUGUGUAAAGAUUUGAGGUGUGGAUUUAUUUUUAUUUAUGUGGGUUUCUGAUUCAGGAGAUGUUAAUUUCACACACAAACCCCUUUAAAGUAUUCUAGCUAUUAAUUAUAAACAUG